GCCCUCAGAGCGCGGGGAGGUGGCGGUGGGAGAGGCUGCUUUGCGGCUGCGGUGCGGGAACGCUCGGGUGUUUGCUGGCUUUGGGGGCAGCGACAGCGGCAGCAGUGGCGGAAAGAGGUCGGGGCCGGUGCUCGUUUGCGGGCCUGCGGCGGAAAGCUCAGGGCGGGUGCUUCUUCGCUGUCCUACGGCGGAGAGCUCAGGGCGGGUGGUCCCUUGCUCACCCGUGGCGCGGCGGAGAAUUGGGGGCGGGCGUUCUCCCGCUCGCUGGGAAGCGGAGGCUGCCUAAGUGGUGUGGGGUGAGGGCUGCGUUGGCGGCUACAAACACGGCGGCCAAGACGGCGUCGACCGGGAGAAGAGCGAAGAUCAGGCCGAGGGCUAGGUAAUAUAAACAGGGAGCAUGUCACCAUCACCUCAACAAGAUCAGAAUUUAACUUUACGCUUGUUACCCCUAAGUUCAUCAAAAGACAACCUGGUUCUUCACAUCUUCCUGAAGUACAACGAGGAAACUGAGGCUCAGAGAGGUUAAUUGACUUGUCCAUGGUCACACAGCUGUCACAGGAUGUCACCUGGAAGAAAUGCUAUGGUUCCAUCUUAUUCAGUUCUAUUUUGGAACUGUGAAAAUGUGUGAAUGCAAUUUGGAUGUGAAAAUGGAACAUCUAGAAGGGAAGGGACUUUUGCUCCAAGAUCAUACCACUGACCAGGAAGUAUGAUUUGAACCCAGGUACUACCUGUCCUGUGUCAUAGGUGGCAGCUGCCCACCAUAUUCAGCCAUGCGUCCGCUGGUGUUCCUGUGUGCCCAACAGGUGAUCAAAGAUGAGGAAUCUGCAUGCCAGGCCUUAGAGCUUCUGCCACAGGACUUGUACCCAGUCCUGUUCAAGGCAGCCUUCAUGCAUGGGAAGACAUUGUUGCUUCAGGCAUUGGUGCAUACAUGGCCCUACCCCAUUCUCAGCUUCAAACAGUUAUUGCAAGAUCGACCACAUUGCCGUAGGGCUCUGAGGCAGGACUGGCCACACUGCCUCCGAGCCCUUCUCCAGGAGUGUCCAAACUGCCCCCGGGCCUUGCUUCAGGACCGACCUGCAGAGGAGCUGGUACAGGCAAUGAUCAUGGGAGUAAAAGCGCGGCUGGAAGAAUCAACAGAUAAUGGAACCCAGCAGUCCCUCUACAGGAGACAUCCACUACAGCUAUUAGACAUGACUGGACUCCUGGAUUAUGGCUAUGAGGAGGACCUAAAAACUAUGAAAAUGUGGGCCCGUACCAUGACCAUGGCCCAAACUGGCAUUUGCCACCUCUUGGACAAAGUUGAGCAACCAAAUGAAAGCCCCAACAAGUGUAGGAAGGUUGAGGACUUGCCGUGCACACUUCUCCCUGUGGAAGUACGAGUAGAUCUCUGGGUAACCCCCUCCUCCAGUGGCUUUCUGAAGCAGGCCCUACAGAAUAAUGCAAUCAGCCCCCUGCGCUUGUGCUGCCGGGAUUUCCGAGCCGAAGACCUCCCACCAGACAUCACUGUGGAUCUCCUAGGUCUAUUGGACCACUCAAGUUUACGCCGGCUAGACCUGUCCUUCUUUACUCUAGAAGCAGGAGGAGUGUGGGAGAUUGUGGCUUCCAUCAUGAAGUUCACUAAUCUGCUGAGUUUGAAACUUCAGUACAGCAAUAUGGAUGUGUGGCGACUCUGGGCCAUGUUGGAAGGCACCUUCAGCUUCUUGGCUUCAGAGAUGAGCAAGCUGAAACGCCUCAAAGAGCUUAAUCUGGGUACCUCCUGGCUCUCUGGCCAGCUGAGGCAGCUGCUUAGUGGCCUGCAGUGUCCCCUGGAAAGCCUGGAACUUCCUGUCUGCUACCUGCUCCCUGUGGACUUGAGCUACUUGUCCCAAAGCCCCCAUGCUCCCCACCUCAAAAAACUGGACCUCAGUGGCAACAACCUGUCAGGUGACCUCUUACCCCCCUUCCAGGCUCUUUUGGGGGAGGCCUCAGACUCCUUGCUGUGUCUCAAGGUGACAGAGUGCCAGCUUAUGGAUGUUCACCUUAUUAGUACCCUGCCACUCUUGUCCCGCUGUACCCGCCUACGAUACCUUGGUCUCUAUGACAAUCCCCUUUCUAGCAUUGGCCUGAAGGCCUUACUGUCACGUUCUGAGGUAAUGCCUGACCUCCAGCUGGUAGUGUACCCAUUUCCUGUGGACUGCUAUAAGGACCUGCCUGGUGUGCCCCUUUCUGCAAACCUCUUGGAGGACUAUAUUGAUGAGGAGAAGUUUGCUCAGGUUCAGGGAGAGAUGCACCAGAUGCUAAUAGCGGCAGGCAGGGCUGAUGUGCUGUGGACCACAGAUGUCUAUGGCCCAAAUAUGCCCGACUACUUUAGCUUGUGACAGGAAGGCUGCCUGCCAGGGACAGGGAGGCCCUUGCAGUCAUCCAUUCCCCCUGGGCCUGGCAGGAGAGUCUCCUCACCUUUUGGGCUACAUGUCUUGGGGACAGGUGGGGAGCCACAAAACCUGUACUCUCCUUACCUGCCGUCUUCAAACAUGGGAAUGGGACUAAUUAACAGGGAACCUCUAACCUGUACCUCACUUGAUGGGUCCUUGAUAAAAACGAUCAGUGUAAAUGAGGAGCUCUUCUCAGCCAAUGGGGUUGGCCCAGCAUUCUGUAACCCCAUUCAGUUAACUAAUUGCUCCUGUGGGGAGGGCAGAGUUCUACACAUCCCCCAGUAAGGGAAAGGAGUCAGCAUUCAUUGCUGAGCUGCAGGAGAUCAUACCCCAAGCUUAGGCCCAAGAGCUUCUAAAUUAUGAAUCACUAAUCUGGAGUCUCUAAAGCGCUCUUGGUCAAUAGGCUAUAACCUUUCCCUUCCUGGACUACCUUUUGGAAGGCACAGCUGCUGCUGUGAACUUCUGCCAGAAACUAAGGAUGCUGCCUUGGUUUCUCAUAUCUUCUCCUAGGUUCCUGCUUGCUUUUCUCUUAAGAGUCUCCCUUCAACUUCUUUUUUUUUUUCUUUUAAACUUCUACCUCAUCCUGGGAAGGGUUUGAGUUUAGGCAGGUGCUGUCCCCCUUUCCCAGCAGCAUCAGCCUUAGUUAUUCUAGUGUCAACCACCCUUAAGCAGAAGAAAGAGGUGCAGAAGAAGGGGGCAGCAGCCUUUAGGACCAUUCCUUGGACCUUAGGCCUAUUUUCUCUUCACUUUCUGCACAGCUUGAGUUCAUCUUUGAACUUGAUUCUGGGUGGUUUUGCCCUUGACCCCAGAGCUUUCAUUUUUCACUACUUUCUAAAUUUCACUGAUUGUUCACCCUUUGGCUUGAGACACUAAUCACCUCUAGGUCCCUGGACCUGCUUCCUCCAGAGCUCAGACCCACUGACCUUUCUUUAGCUGCUGUCACCACUAUAGCUUGGUGAACCUAGUUUUGCUCCACUGGGCCCCUUUUUUCCUUUUAAACCUGGUUUUUCCAUGUUUCACACAAAGCAUUUUUUAGAAUUUAGUCCCAGUUAAAGAAGGAAGAGGGUAUUGAUUCAGAAAAAAAAAGAUGUGAUUAGUUAAAACAAAAAUUCAUUCCAAGGCAAAGGAUUAUAUUUCAUUUUCUGAGAUGUUCUGUGGGCUUAACUUGUCCCUGUGAACCCCUGUCUUUUAUAAAUACUCCAGGAACUCAGAAAAGAGGAUGACAACACUUGUCUCAAAGCCCUACUGUAUAUUUGCAAUUUUUUCUGACAGUAGUUCACAGUUAUAAUCAGGAUGCUUUCUGAUUGCUACUCAAUAAUCACCUAAAUUCUUAUAUAAUCAAGUCACUGAAUAUCUCUCAUCGUUUCUGUUCAAAAUAGUGGAAGAGGUGAUAAAGAACUACUUAUUCCUGAAGUGUUUUUCAUUUUCCCAUUACUCAGAAAAAUACUAAUUUGAUUCAGUAUCCUAUUUAUAUCAUUUUAUCCUUGCCAAAUCUUUCAAAAGACAAUUCCUUUUAUUUCCGGGAUCCCAGGAGUACAUGGUGCUUGAGUGGGGUUGGUGCUUAUCCUACUGAGAGAGGGUAUGACAAUAACCAGCCAUUUCCUCCCCCAACCCCUAGAGAAAAGCUGUCUGGCUGAACUAGUGCCUGUCGCUUCCCCUAUCCCCUGCUUCCUUAUCCCCACACUCUUAGACACUGGAGCAGGAAAGGCUAUAUAUGUCUGUGUGUAGACUUUAUUGACUCUUAGGAGAAACAGCUAUGGCUAACAUGCAUGGGGACCUGCUUGAUGAUAUGUCAUAAACUAGAUUGCUUCACAGAUGAUUUGUGAUCUCUACUUGGCAAACACAGGUAGUGAGGGAACCUUCUGUCUUCCUCUGGGGUCCUGAUGCUUGAGCUUAUCAGGAUUCCAGGUUUAUAAAGGAAAGGUAAAAAGACCCUAAUUCUUAUUCUUUCUGGCAUAUUUGCUUGGCCAUUCCACAAAAGGUGGAAAAGUAAAGGAACAGAAGGAAGAUUUCAAACUAAGAAUAGGGUAAUUGAUUUGACUCCACAUGAACUGUCUACUGAUUUCCCCAGCCAGUGCUGAUGGGAUUGUUCCUAAAUGAAGGAUUCUACAUUCAUUCCUGUUCAAGUUAACUUUGUUUCUUGGUCCAUUUUGUUGGGAUUUUGUGAAUCUCAGCUCUAUUGUUUAUGGGUAGCUACAUGCCAUUUACAAUUUGAAGUGACAGGUCCUCAGAAUGCUCACUGUGGACUAGCUUUUGGAACUACUAUCUGAGCUUUCAUCAUUCCCCUUCAAUGCCCACAUUGCCCUGCAAGAGGGGAAGGGAAUGGGGAUUGGGGGCGAGAGGGGAAUUGCACACCAGCAUAUAAGCUUGACAUCCAAGCUCAUGCAUGUCAAACUCUUUGGGUGCUGAGGAGGAUUCAAAAGGUUGCUUUUACUGCAGAAGUGAGAGGUUAGGAUAAGGGGAGAGCCAAACCCAGUCUUAUUCUCUAGUGUUUCUUCCUUUCCUGGGGCAGACAGAGAAGUUUAGCUCUUUAGUAUCUCUUUUAGAGAUGUAAUGACCCAGAAAUAGUCCCUGGGAGCAUCCAAACCUCCCAGACUAGAACUUGCAUGUACCUGCGUCUGACCCCAGGAAGCUCCUAGCCUCAAAUUGGACCUGGUAGGGGCCAUGCCAGUUGUUUUCCCUAUUUCUAGUCUCCCUUCCACUUCAAGAACUCCUAUAGGAAACAGGCCAUGGCCCAUAGACCUGCGUAGGAGUGGGGUCAGGCUAGUUGAAGUAGUUCAUAGAUUAAUUGCUGCAGUGUUAUCUGUCUAGCCAAUAUUUAGGGAACUGAUUUCCUUUUCAGCCUAAAGGAAGACCUUCACAUUUAUCCUUAAUUAAUUUAACUUUGGUUUAGUUUUUUCAUCCAUCAUUCCAGCCUGUGAGUUCUUUAUGAUUAGCUCUGUGGUCCAUUGCUACUUUUGUUACCCAAUUUCCAUUCAGUUAAGUGUGUGACUGGCAGAAUCAAGGGCCCUGUGGUGGGGAGGAUUAAAAAGUAGAAUAAAGAUAUAGCCCCCUGCCCUAAAGGAGUUCUAAAUUAAUAGAGGAAUAAGAUGGGCACAGUUCUAAAGGAGAGAGGCUCUUUCUGUUAGGGGAAAUAAAAGACUUUUUUAAGGCAAUUUAGUUAAAUUGUGAGGGAUUUUAAUGAGAUUUUUGUUUCAAGCAAAAGCAAAGGCAUAGAGAAGGAAGGGAAUGGAUAAGAUAAAAUCAAGUAAUGAGUAUCUCAUCUUGGUUGACAAGUAAGAUUAUGUAAAAGGAUAGUACGAGAAGGCCAGGAAAGCAUGUAGAACCAAGAUUAUGGAAGGUGGUAGGGACAGGAUCAGCGUUUUUAUACUUCAUUAAGUAGGAGCGCAGAAAUUGAUGAAGUCAUUUUUAAAUACAAAAGGGCUACAAUCAGAGGAUAGCUGGGGAAGGGGAAGGUCAGAGACCUAGAGGAUAAAUUGUGUUUGAGGUGUCCAUGGGGAAUACAGGCCUGGAAUCAUGGAGAUAGGGCAGGUCUAGAGGUAGAAAUUGGGGAAAUAUUCAUGUAGGUUAUGAUGAAUAGAUUUGAACCCCCAAGAAAGCAGGAGUGACAAACUGCCUUGGGGGACAUUCCUCUGAUUACUGCUUUAGGUGUUCAGAUAUUUAGAUUGAUACUCUUGCUGGGUGAGCUUCAGUGCAGUGACUUGGACCUCAAGGAAAAGUGAUAAAUCAACUCCCAUCCAUCAUCACUGAUGCUAUUCAUGCUGUUGAAAUGAUAUAUGGAGGACUGCAGGGAACAGCUACAAAGCAAGAUAAGAUUCUUGAGUGAGUUUUUACAAGUUAAUUUUAGUGUUGCCUUCCAGCAGUUCACCUAAGUCCAAUUUUACUUGUUUUUUCUAUAAUGGAAAAUGCUUUUCACAUUAGGGAGAUUGAAACUUGAUUGAUUCAGAGGAAUUGGGACCUAGGAAUCUGAUUAGAUCAGCUGUCCUCACUCCCUACUGUGGUUAAACUUCUUAGCCUGACAUUCAAGGCUCCAUGCUAUCAUGCUUGUUUUAUUACCACAUAUGGUGCGCUCAGUGCUUCAGACAAUCUGGACAACUUGCCAUUUUUCCCUCUCUUUCUUUUCCCCUCCCAUCAGCCUAUGUCCAGUUUGUCCUGCCUCUGCGAUUUUGCUUAGGUCAUUUUUCCUGUGUCUGUCCCAACCCCCAGCCAUCUUUGUUUAAAGCCUAUGUAGCCUUUUAAGGUCCAACUCAAAUAAAUGUUAUCUCCUUUCACCUCUUUUCCCUCCCCCAAUCUACAAAGUCCUUCUUUGCUCCCCAAAGCCAUUGCUUGCACCACUUGUCAUGCACUUAUUAACACAAUGUUUAGUAUUAUAGUUAUUUGUGUAUGAUGCAUCCCCUUGCUAGAUUUGUGAGCUCCUUGAGGGCAGAGAUUAUAUCUUAUCUAAUCUUUUGUGUCUCCCCUCAACCCAGGCACAGUGUUCUGCAUAUAGGGGGCCCUUAUUAAAUGUUUGUUAGAAGCUUAUUGAGGAGAGAUAGUGGAGGAACACCUAAUUGUAAAAAGAGUUUGAAUUUUGGGCCCACUGGAAUAAUAAUUUUGCUAAGACUGUGGGGGUGGCAAAGUCAACUAGAGCUGUCUAACUGAAAAGAAUACAGAGGAACAUGGAGAAGGUGAUGGUCCAGAAGCAACAAGAUAAGAAAAUACCAGGGCCAGCAGAACAUCUUGACUCAACAAAUUGAAAGAACUAUUUGUCUAGCUCCACGAUUUGUUUAUCCUAGUACCAAACUCCUCACCUCCUGCUCAUCCCCUCAGACCCUACCUGUUAUACUACUUGCUCUUCAGCUGUGCCUUCCCUUCAGCUCCCCAGCCUGGGAUUCUCAGUUACUGAAGAUUCUCACCCCCUUCCUCUGUUUGCUUGGAAGCUUCCCCCUGGCUUUGGGACCUCUGGACUGGGAAGACUCCAGUUUGCAUCAUGGAGUCUGUUUCAUCAUGUCAGUGACUUGGGGGAUUCUGGUGAGUGGGAGGGGUGCCCUGGAUCUGGAGAUGUGUGCAUGCCGUCCUCAUGUCUCCUUGUGCCACUCAGGCCAAGGAGAGGGGGGCCAGGGCUGCUUGGGUAGUGUUGUCUAGAUUGUGUGACCUCCAGAAGGGCAGUGACUGUGUCUUAUCUAACCUAUGUAUCUCUCUUAGCGCUGAACCCUUGGUGCUCUGCGCUUAAUAAAACGUUGGUUAAAGUUGAA